UCGUUCGGUCGUUUUUGUUGUGUGGUUCGUUUUUUCCUCAUUCCUCAACUCAAAUCUCAUCAUCAUCACCGUUUCCGUUUUCCUUCUCACCAAUCAGCCAUGACCCACCACCACCACGGCACACACCUUGUCUUGUGACUUGUGAGUCGUGUGAGCGCUAGACAAAAGUACGUCCCCUCCCUUCUGCUACUGCUAUUGAUUUAUUUAUUUAUCCUACUUCUCAAUCCUCUCAAACUCAGCCGGCUCUGCAUGUUUAAUUUUGCCAACUUCCUUCAUUCUUUCUUAGGAGUAGGAGGAGGAGGAGGACGACGUCUACCUCUCUCUGUCUCCCCAAUUCUUUGAUCAAAUUAGGGGCGCCCCCCGCCUCUUCUUUCUUUCUUCUUUCUUUCAUUUCACAAAUUGUUUGUUGGGAAGCUUGGGGGAAACAAAUCCCACCCCACCCCCCCCCCCCCCCAAAGAAAAAAAGGACCAAAAAAAGAAAAAAAAAGUUGUUAUUUGGGUUGGUUGGGAGAAAAUACUGGGAACCCAGAGGCAUAUUAUGGCUGCCAAAAAGCUUCAGGAGACGCUGUCUAAGGGUGUGCUUGAAGAAGUUCAUAGAUAUGGUGGAAUGAAGCAAACCGGAGUCAGUCUCAGGUACAUGAUGGAAUUCGGCUCCCGACCCACCCCCCGCAACCUCCUCCUUUCUGCUCAGUUCCUCCACAACGAGCUCUCCAUUAGGAUUGCCAGAAGGGCUCUUGAGCUCCAGUCCCUCCCCUAUGGCUUAUCCUCCAAACCUGCCGUUCUCAAAGUGCGAGAUUGGUAUCUGGAUUCUUUUCGUGAUCUUAGAUCCUUUCCAGAGAUAAAAGACAAGAACGAUGAGCUUGAAUUCACUCAAAUGAUCAAGAUGAUUAAGGUGAGGCACAACAAUGUUGUUCCCACGAUGGCUUUGGGCGUCCAGCAGUUAAAGAAAGAUCUAAAACCCAAGGUGGACUAUCAGGAUCUGGAUGAGAUUCACCAGUUUCUAGACCGUUUUUAUAUGUCAAGAAUUGGGAUCCGCAUGCUCAUUGGGCAGCACGUGGCUUUGCAUGAUCCCAAUCCUCCUCCUGAUUGUGUGGGAUAUAUACAUACAAAGAUGUCUCCUGUGGAGGUUGCUCGACAUGCCAGUGAGGAUGCCCGCUGCAUUUGUUUCCGGGAGUAUGGCAGUGCUCCAGAUGUUAAUAUUUAUGGGGAUCCUAAUUUUACCUUUCCUUACGUACCUACACAUCUGCAUCUUAUGGUUUUUGAGUUGGUUAAGAAUUCUUUGCGUGCUGUUCAAGAGCAGUUUAUGAAUUCCGACAAGGUUGCACCCCCUAUUCGUAUAAUCGUCGCUGACGGAAUAGAGGAUGUUACCAUUAAGGUUUCUGAUGAAGGCGGAGGAAUUCCAAGAAGUGGCCUUCCAAAAAUUUUUACAUAUCUCUACAGUACUGCAAAGAAUCCCCUUGAUGAGCAGGUGGACCUGGGAAUCGCCAAUACAACAACUAUGGCUGGUUAUGGAUAUGGACUUCCAAUAAGCCGCUUGUAUGCUCGGUAUUUUGGUGGUGAUUUACAGAUUAUAUCCAUGGAGGGAUACGGGACGGAUGCCUACCUUCACUUGUCUCGGCUUGGUGAUUCGCAGGAGCCUUUGCCUUGAGUUUAGGACUAUGAUUAAAACUUUUAUCUCCCAUGUAGCUGCAUAGCUUCAUUAAAUACAAGUUUGCAGCACAAGGAACAUAAUGAUGUCCGUUCAGAUGUACUUCAGUUUUUAAGUUAUAAUUCCGAUGUACUUGCCAUGAGAUAUAAUCAAUCUCUAGGUGAACGAAGAAGACACCUUGGAUUCUUGCACUUCGACAGAAAUGCUCCAUGGUUAAGUGCUGAAUCCGACACUGAUCAUUUAUGAACUUCACACGCUUUUGAUCAAG